AUGCGGGUCACGGAGCUCAUCCUCGACGGCUUCAAGAGCUACCCAGUACGGACCAGUAUCGCCGGCUGGGACUCGAGCUUCAAUGCCAUCACGGGCCUGAACGGCUCGGGCAAGUCCAACAUCCUCGACUCGAUCUGCUUCGUCCUCGGCAUCACCAACCUCACGACUGUCCGCGCGGCCAACCUCCUCGACCUCAUCUACAAGCGCGGCCAGGCCGGCGUCACCCGAGCGUCCGUCACGAUCGUGUUUGACAACUCGGACAAGGGCCGGGCACCGGUCGGGUUCGAGAACAUGCCCGAGAUCUCGGUUACGCGCCAGAUCUCGGUCAACGGCCAGAGCAAGUACCUCAUCUGCGGGCACCGCUCGACGCAGCAGCAGGUCCAGAACCUGUUCCAGAGCGUCCAGCUCAACAUCAACAACCCCAACUUCCUCAUCAUGCAGGGCAAGAUCACCAAGGUGCUCAACAUGCGCCCGCUCGAGAUCCUCGCCAUGAUCGAGGAGGCGGCCGGCACGUCCAUGUUCGAGGAGAAGAAGGACAAGGCGAUCAAGACCAUGUCGAAGAAGGAGAAGAAGCUCGACGAGAUCCAGUCGCUCCUGCGCGAGGAGAUCACGCCAAAGCUCGACCGCCUGCGCGACGAGAAGCGCACGUUCCUCGAGUUCCAGAAGACGGCGAGCGAGCUCGAGCGCCUGUCCAAGCUCGUCAUCGCGUGGGACUGGACCCAGGACCACGCGCGCGUCGACAAGGCGCGCGAGGCGAUCCGCGAGGGCGAGAAGCGGCGCAACGAGGCCCAGGCCGACAAGGGCCGCAUGGAGGGCGAGAUCAAGAAGAUGGAGCAGAGCGCGAGGGAGAUCGAGAAGGAGCGCGACAAGGAGCUCGCUAAGGGCGGCAAGGUGCAGGGCCUCGAGAAGCAGCUCAACACGCUCGACAUGGAGAUCGCCAAGCUCAAGACGCAGGCCGAGGGCAAGGAGCGCGAGAUCAAGGAGGAGGAGGCCCGCAUCAAGGAGCUUGAGAAGGCGCAGAAGGACCUGACGGCGCAGCGCAAGACUCGCGAGGCGUCGGCGGCCAAGAGCGCCGAGUCGUUCGCCGCGCGCGAGGCCGCCUUCAAGGCCGCCACGACGUCGCUCUCGCAGUCCGAGGACCUCCUCCAGACAAUCGAGUACGGCGCCGGCCUGUCGAAGAACGCCAAGUCGUCCGGCUACGAGGGCCAGCUCGCGGCGGCCAAGGAGCUCGCUGGCUCGCUCGAGACCGAGGGCCAGCUCGCCAAGCACCGCAUCGACUCGCUCCAGAAGGAGCUCAAGGACAAGGAGCCCAAGGCCAAGAAGGCGGCGGCCGAGAGCAAGGGCCUCGUCGCCAAUGUCGAGCGCGCGAGGAAGGACAAGGAGGCGCUCGAGGCGCAGCUGAGGGCGUCCGGGUACGACGAGGCCGAGGAGGCGAGGCUCGACGGCGAGCGUGAGCAGGAGGUGCAGGCUGUCGACGGCUUGCGACAGCGCCGCGAGGCCAAGCGCCGCGAGAUCGUCCGCACCGACUUCCACGCCGACGACCCGUACCCGGGCUUCGACCGCUCGGCCGUGUACGGCACGCUCGCGAGCCUGAUCGACCUGCCCGAGAAGAACGCGGCCGCCGCGACCGCGCUCGAGAUGGCCGCCGGCGGUCGCCUGUACCACGUCGCCGUCCGCGACGACUCGACCGUCGCCGCGUUCGUCGAGGCCAAGACGAUCAAGACCAAGACGAUCCUGCUCCCCGUCAACACGCUCCAGGCGUCGGUGGCCGACAAGCAGCGCGUCGCCGCAGCGCGCAAGCACGGCGCCGAGCUCGCGCUCAACCUCAUCAACUACGACGAGCGCGCGACCCGGGCCAUGCAGUACGCUUUCGGCCACGUCCUCAUCGCGCCGACCAAGGCGAUCGCCAAGCGCUGUACCGACGACCCGGCCGUCCGCAUGCGCUGCGUCACGUACGACGGCGACAUCUACGACACGACGCCCGAGCUGUCUGGUGGCCAGGCGUCGAGCGACAAGGUGCUCGUCAAGGUGCAGGAGCUCAAGCGGCUCGAGCGCGAGUUGGCGGCGCACCGGACCCGGCUCGACGAGAUCGAGCAGAGCCUCGCGCGGUCCAAGGGCGCUGUCGACCUCAAGAAGGCGCUCGACCAGAAGACGCACGCGCUCGCCCUCCUCGAAAAGUCGAUGGCGACGAGCAACGCGACGAGGGUCAUCGGCGAGGUCGAGACGCUCAAGGCGACCGUCGCCGAGUUGCAGAUCAAGAUCGAGGAGUCCAAGACCAAGCACGGCGAGGCGCAGGCCGACGUCAAGCGCAUCGAGCGCGAGAUGAACGAGCUGUCCAAGGACAAGGGCUCCAAGGUCAAGCAGAUCAAGGCCGACAUCGUCAAGAAGAAGGCCGAGGUCGCCAAGCUCGAGGAGCAGGUCGACACGCUCCGCAGCGACGUCCUCACCGACGAGCUCGAGAUCGAGCAGAUGAAGAAGGACGUCGCGUCAGCCGGCGUCGAGCUCGCCGAGGCGCGAGCGCAGAUUGAGAAGGUCCGCAAGUCGCUCGCCGAGGGCCAGCUCGUCAUCGACGAGCGCCAGGUCGAGCUCCAGGCCGUGCAGCGCCGCAUCGCCGACGAGACCAAGAAGCUCAAGGGCUUCAACGACGAGCUCGACUCGCUCAAGGAGGCGAUCAACGGGCGCAAGAGCGACAUUGUCGAGCUCGAGCUCAAGACGGGCCAGCUCGACAAGGAGUUCGACAAGGCCAAGAAGGACGCCAAGGACGCCGCCGACAAGCUCGCCAAGCGCGAGGCCGAGUGCGAGUGGAUCGCCGACGAGUGCCAGACGUUCGGCAAGCCCAACUCGCCGUACAACUUUGCUGGCACCGACAUGCGCGGCGCCAAGGACAAGUGCCGCCAGCUCGAGGAGAACCACCGCACCAUGAAGCGCAAAGUCAACCCCAAGGUCCUGAGCAUGAUCGACAGCGUCGAGAAGAAGGAGCGCGACCUUUUGGCGAUGCACAAGCAGGUCCUCAAGGACAAGGUCAAGAUCGAGGAGACGGUCGCCGUCCUCGACGAGCACAAGCGCGAGACGCUCGAGAAGACGUGGGACAAGGUCAACGCCGAGUUUGGCAACAUCUUCGCCGAGCUCCUCCCCGGCAACUUCUGCAAGCUCCAGACACUCGACGGCAAGGAGAUCACGCAGGGCCUCGAGGUCAAGGUCCGCCUCGGCACCGUGUGGAAGUCGAGCUUGACCGAGCUGUCCGGCGGGCAGCGCUCCCUCAUCGCCCUGUCCCUCAUCAUGUCCCUCUUGCGCUUCAAGCCAGCGCCAAUGUACAUCCUCGACGAGAUCGACGCCGCGCUCGACCUGUCUCACACCGAAAACAUUGGCCGCCUGUUCCGCACGCGCUUCAAGGGCAGCCAGUUCAUCGUCGUCUCGCUCAAGGACGGCCUGUUUUCGAACGCGAACGUUCUGUUUCGGGCCCGCUUCCGCGACGGCACGUCCAUCGUCGAGCGCACGAGCCAACGUACCUCGUCGGCGCUGUACGACAAGGAGAACCGGGCCGGCGGGCGGUCGAGCGCAGGUGGACGGCCGAGCAAGGGAGCAGCAGCACGAGGGUCGCUCGUCGAGGUUGAAGGUUGA